AUGCACCUAGUAGGCAAGCACUGCUACAUCUGCAAAGUCUGCGCAUGGCUCAAAUGCGAGGAGACCUUGAGCUCGCAAGAUUCAUCCAAUUGGCAGUGUCCAGAUUGCAAGCACGGGACACAGCUGUUAGCAGAUAUGGAUGUAGAUUCUUCAUCAGUCAUCUCAUUUAAUUUCAAUGAUCCCAAAGACUCGACCACGAAAGAGCCAGCCGUCAAAGGAAUUUCCCAGACCAGUGACAGCGCAAUUAAGAGCUCUGAGGCUACCCCAAAAGCGACCACAAGCACGACCCCUAAACGUCACCGUACCUCUAAGCCUCCAUCGCCACCACAAGUGAUAAUCGACAGUCCCAAAAAGAACUCGGCCUCGGGCUCCCCCAUCAAACGUCGAAAGAAAUCUAGCAAGUCCUCACAAAAGCAGAGACAGAACUCAGCAACGCAGACGGAUGUUCCAGACGAGAUGCGCAUGUCGACUUCGGAGCAUCCAACCGACGACCUCGAACCCGCCAUCAAGACUCUGAAAACUCACAUUGCAAAUCUACACAUACUUCGUACCCGUAAUACUGAGCUUGAUGAGGAGGUGAAAGCUUUGAAGGAAAAGUCCAAUACACAGGAGCAAACAGCCUGGGAGCUCAAGGAAUACAAUGAGAACCUCGAGUUGCAGGUCGAGAAGCUAAAAACUGAGCGUGCUGACCUUUGCGACAAGCUGAGGGAGAUUCGCCGCCUCUCUGGAUUCGAUAUUCUGCAGAUUGAGACUUAGAGGCAAGUCUAAUCUGGGACGCUACUCCAAUUGUCACUGUGUUACAAGUCCUGGCUGUAGCUUUCCACGAAGUUUGAUGUCCAAGAAGUUUAAGGAAAAGGACUGGUUUUUGAAUGACGUGUUUCGGGGGAUAUGUCUUUUAUUACUUCUGUAGUGAUGAUGUGG